AGCUGGUAUUGCGGAUUGCGGAUUGCGAUAUCAUAACAAACAAGAUGGCGGCGUACAUAAGAAAGUGUUGUGCAACGAGACUCGCGGUGGGAAGUGUUCUGAGAGGCUACAGGUUGCAUCAAAUUUGCUGGAGCAGUCCAUUAGCAAAACAGUUCUCAGCAAGUACAAGUACCGAAGCAGAAGCUACAGAAGACACUAUCAACAUCACCGACAGUUGUGUGAAGCAACUCUCCAGGAUUAAUGAGGGCGACAAGCAUCUGAGGGUUUUAGUGGAGGGAGGCGGCUGCUCGGGGUUUCAGUGCAAAUUUCAACUGGACUCGCAACAAAACAUCACUGAAGAAGACAGGGUGUUUGAGCGAGACGGUGUGAAGGUGAUAGUGGACGAGGUAUCUCUGGGUUACAUCAAGGGUGCAACGGUGGACUUCCACCAGGAGUUAAUUCGCUCCGCCUUCAGGAUCACCAAUAUCCCCAUGUCUGAGAACGGCUGCUCAUGUGGUGUCUCUUUCUCCCUCAAGUUAUAAUGGAAGAUGUGUUGAUAGCUAAAAUGAGGCAAACAUUUUCAUGGCCCCCAGCUCUUCCUGUAUGAAGACCCUGGAAUCCAGCAAAAUCGGAAUGAUCUCAUCUUCAUUGUGUUGCAUGUUGAAAACACUGAAUGAUACUCCAGAAAAAUGUGCUGGCCAGUUUUGAUUUUGGGUAAUGUGUCUGUAUCAGAUUCAAUUUUAACUUUUUA